GUAUAAAUUUGAUUGAAAUCAAAGUGGCGUUCUUUGCAUUUUCUCUCUCUCUCUUCCGAAACUCUCUCCCCACAUUUGAGAAACACAGAUUCAGAUCCGUUCGUCCCAACGCAGAGAGAUCAAGAACUCUGUAUAUCCGAUGGCGGUUGUGUCUCCUCUGGCCAAGUACAAGCUGGUCUUUUUGGGCGAUCAAUCCGUAGGCAAAACCAGCAUCAUCACUCGUUUCAUGUACGACAAAUUCGAUACCAUCUAUCAGGCCACCAUUGGCAUUGAUUUCCUGUCAAAAACAAUGUACCUUGAAGAUCGAACAGUUCGUUUGCAGCUUUGGGAUACAGCCGGGCAAGAAAGAUUUAGGAGUCUGAUUCCAAGCUAUAUUAGAGAUUCUUCUGUUGCUGUGAUCAUCUAUGAUGUUGCCAAUCGUCAAUCGUUUAAGAACACUUCCAAAUGGAUUGAAGACGUACGUACAGAACGAGGCAGUGAUGUCAUUAUUGUUCUUGUUGGGAAUAAAACUGAUCUUGUCGAAAAAAGGCAAGUUUCAAUUGAAGAAGGAGACGCCAAGGCUCGUGAGUUUGGUUUCAUGUUCAUAGAAACCAGUGCAAAGGCAGGAUUUAAUGUCAAGCCAUUAUUUAGAAAGAUUGCUUCUGCCUUGCCGGGGAUGGAAGCUCUUUCCUCUACAAAACAGGAAGACAUGGUUGAUGUGAACUUGAAGCCUACUGUGAAUACAUCCCACAAAGAGCAGCAAGGUGGAGGUUGUGCUUGCUAGAUAAUGAAUUUGGGAGGAAGAAGUGAAAUCACCAAAUGCCUAAAUGAAAACUCAGCAAAUCCGAUUCUCUAAUUAGCUAAUUCUGAAGUGAGAUGAGAUUCUGGCAGUUCCGAUUCUUUUUGUUCAACAUACCAAUGAGUUGUUCCAAGUCUCUGGACAGAGGUAGCCAGCAACGGUCUGUCUCAGAUACUACGGUUCAGUUCCAGGGGAUAUUCUGUUAUUGUUAUAUUAUUACAAACUUUAUCAGUUACUGAUUUUUUGAUAAAACCUUUUCCUGAACUGCAUUUAGGGAUUCUGUCGCAGUAGACGAUAGGAUCCAAGAGAGGACAAAAUGUACAGGCUUCUUAAGUGGCAGAAGCUUGCUCUGCAGCUUCAUGGCCCAAUUUCGGCUGCUCUCUUCUUAUGGUACAUGUCAACUAUUUCAAUGCACUUUUGGGAAAUUUCUUUCAAGCCAAUAUCAGUGAAGUUUCGCCUGUUGUACUUUUCACAGUGGUUUCCCAAAAUGCAUAAUGCCAUUUCAUUCAUAACAAGCAUUGAAAUUAUAACGAACAUGGAAUAACUGUAUGCAUGUGAUUUCAAUUUAUGUACACUAGGGAAAGAAAAAAAAAAAAAAACCCAAAA